AUGGAGCCAAAACUGCUCAUCCACCCGAAGUAUGGUUCUCAAACGGAGAUGGUGAGGGUGUUGAAUGGUAAUGGGAGAAAUUGUAGGAUGAAUUUGUCUGGUUGGGCAGCAAAAGGACCGAAUUUCCCUAGUAGGAGCAUGGCAACAGUGGGAAAUUCAGCUGAAUCCUCUUCGGAAGAUUCAUCAGCUCCUAUUGCUGAUGUUCUUCCGCGCAUCAAAUUCAAGAGACUCGAUAAAACUGCCAGGCACAUAAUGCAGAUUCUGGAUAAGGAAGCAGUGGAGGAAGUAAGGUCACAGAGGGAGAUACCUGAUAUAAGGCCUGGUUAUACUGUACGACUCAAAGUGGAAGUACCGGAAAAUAAGCGGCGAGUUUCAACUCUCGUAGGCACAGUUAUAGCAAGACGUAAUGCUGGUCUAAAUACUACUUUUAGAUUAAGGAGGAUGGUUGCAGGUGUUGGUGUUGAAUCUCUCUUCCCGCUACGCAUUGUGCAUUUGAAUAUCAAUGAAGUCAAAUUAAGAUCUAAUGUUUCUCAAAAACAUAAUAAAUUCGGCAUUCCCUUAGAUUUGUUGUAG